AAGUCUUCAAUACGUUCAUAAAUAGUUUUCAUCUCGUACGUGACACAAGAGAUUUGCUAAGAUGAGAUAUUUAUUACUUCUAAGUUUUGUUUUAAUAGUGUCUUUAUCGUCAUGCUUUGCCGGUGAUUUGAUACUCGGUACAAGCUACAAUGGAAGGCUGGUGUGGCAGCAGAAAGCUGAAUAUAUGGCUAUACCGUUUAAAAAGAGGGUAAAAGAAAUCUUCUAUUCCGAUCCGGGACAACAAAUAAUAAAAGGAAUAAUUGCAAGAGACCUGGACCACACCGAAGCCUUGGCCACCAUUACAGCGGGAGGAGUAGGAACUUCAUUUGCUAACAUCCGACUGAAGAGCGCUCGCGGUAGCAGUUUAAAUUAUCAAAUUGAAUUUUAUGUUUAAUAUAAAACAUUCUGUAAUAACAUAGAUGUAUAUAAUAAUUUAAAGUGGUUUCUGUAUGUAUCUGUUUUAUCGUAACUAUUCAAAUUCAGAAAUACAGACUAUUCAAGCA